UCUAGGUACACAUUCAUUACAACUCUCCAUGUGUCCAGUCAUUUGGUAGAGCAACUAGAAUUUUCUCCUCAAAUUUGUAGUACGCUAAAAUGAUUUUUGACCUCCUACUGCCACUGGCAAUUCUUUUCGCGCUGGUUUCCGCCUACAACUACUGCGACAAUAAGACGCAUGCCUGCAAUGAACUGGGCUUCAAGCACUUCAUUUGUCAGUUGGACGAUGAACUGCCUUCCCACGAGGGCACCAAAUUUGAAGGUACCGUCCCGGACACCCAGCAUUUCCAAAAGGAGGUGCUGGGACUGCUCAAUGACUUCCGAAACCAUUUGGCGAGCGGCGAGGUCAUGAACAACGCCAACCGUACGUUUCCGAGUGCCAGGCGGAUGCGGCGACUUAUCUGGGACAAUGAGCUCGCCUACCUAGCCAGAGUCCAUGCGUCUACGGUAUCCUUUAAGCACACCAUGUGCCGGUCCACGUUGCGGUUUCCGGAUAUCGGCGAGGUCAUGGCCAUAAUGGCUGCCCCCGUUGUAAAAAAGUUAACCGUGUCGAAGGUGCUGAGGAAUGCGUUCAGAUCUAUGUGGAAGCAGCACUGGAAGGUGGAGAGCCCCGAUAACCUCAUCAAUCAAUUCGAUGCCGCCAGCGCUUUCUUGGCCGCAGACUUUGCCAACAUCAUCAACGAUCGUGUCUCACGCGUUGGCUGCAGUGUGGCCGUGGGUUCCAAUUGUCCUUACGCGGGCUCCCUCGGCCAUUGCCACUUUCUGACCUGUUAUUUUGACCACAACAACAUUAUCAACUCCUCUCUCUACGAGGCUGGUCCGCCGGCCAGCGGUUGCGGUGACUCGAAAACGACUGUCAGAGGUGUGUGGGAUAAUUUGUGCGAGAAUAAUGGCGACAUCUUUCCAAAGGAUUGAAAGUCAAGGACAAGCGUACCUUUAUUUUGCAUACUAUUAGCCAAUGAAUUUUGAACCAAAAAACCUAAAUAUGUAUAUUAAUAAAAAUAUAGGAGACUUUACCUAUAAUUUGCUAA